CUUCGUGUUCUGUGUCGCUCGUCCGCAUACUGCACCGCUCAACAUUUCUUGUGGAAAUCUUGAGACAGGACAACAAACAGAGAGUAUAGAGAGAGCCAACAGUUUCCACUUUUGACGGGUUGGGCCCCCUACCCACCACACCCAACCAUGCCUUUGGUGACGAGGAAUAUAGAACCGCGGCAUGUCUGUCGCCAGUCCAUCCCUACCAAAAUCCGCAGUGAGCUGGAAUGUGUCACCAAUAUCAGCCUGGCCAACAUCAUCCGCCAGCUCGGCAGCCUCAGUAAGUAUGCAGAAGAUGUGUUUGGGGAGCUGUUUGUCCAGGCUGGAGCAUUUGCCAUCAGAGUAAAUACGCUGGGAGAAAGAGUGGAUCGUUUGCAGGUCAAAGUCACCCAGCUGGACCCCAAAGAGGAGGAGGUCUCUCUCCAGGCCAUCACUACCCGUAAGGCCUUCCGUAGCAGUGUGACCCAGGAUCAGCAGCUAUUCACUAGACCGUCUCUGCCAGUGCCUGUGCAAGACACCUACACGAUCUGUGAUCCGCCUCCACCACUCAACCACCUCAGCCAAUACCGGGACGAUGGGAAGGAAGCCCUGAAGUUUUACACUGAUCCCUCCUACUUCUUUGACCUAUGGAAGGAGAAGAUGCUGCAGGACACCAAGGACAUCAUGAAGGAGAGACGCAAGCAUAGAAAGGAGAAGAAAGAUCAUCUGAACCAGCGGACACUCAAUCCUCGAAAGAUCAAGACCAGGAAGGAGGAAUGGGAACGCCGCAAGAUGGGAGAAGAGUUUGUGGUGCCAAAGAAUGAAAUGAUGAAUUCCUCUGAGGGUCUGAAUGGCAGCAUUGGAUCCGGAGAAGGCUUCACUUCUGAAGGCCUCGAGCUGAGUACUGGCUCCUACGCUUAUGAUCCCGGCUCCCCUCUCCCUGUGCCCGGCUCCGAUGACUUCCUGCCUCCUCCACCCCCAGACAUGGCGUACAAUGAUGGACAGUAUGGAGCACCAGCGGCGAAGCGUGUCAGCGUGCUCAGUCCAACCCACCCACCUCCUGCUCCCCCCAUGGCUUCUUCCCAGCCCAACUCCCGCCCCAACCUUGCCCCACCACCCGCGCCUCCUCCCCCACCUCCACCCUCUGGUUUUGGGGUUCCCCCACCUCCCCCCGGCUUCGACACCCCACCCUCCCCUCCUCCUCUCUCCUCCUCUCCCACCGCCUAUCCCUCCCCACCUGCUCCCCCUCCUCCACCUGCUAUGUCCACAGUUUCUCCUCCUCCUCCACCUCCUAUGCCUGCAGGUGGUGGUCCUCCACCCCCUCCUCCUCCUCCCCCUCCCCCUGGCCCUCCUCCCCCAUCCUUUAACAACUCCGCUGCUCCCUCUGGUGGUGGGGCGGCACCCAGCUCUGCUCCGAAACCGCAGCCAGCGCCAGAGCCAGAGCCGGCCGGUGACGCUCGCAGUGACCUGCUGCAGGCCAUUCGACAAGGUUUCAACCUGCGGAAGGUGGAGGCACAGCGCGAGCAGGAGAAGCGGGAUCACUUUGGCAAUGAUGUGGCUGCCAUCCUGUCCCGUCGUAUUGCGGUAGAGUGCAGCGACAGUGAGGAUGACUCUUCAGAGUUUGACGACGACGAGUGGUCUGAAUGAUCGCCAUCCCUUUUCACCGUCACUACCAACUUCAUAUCUCCCCUCAGCCUUAAACAACAUCAGAAUAUCUCCAUUCACAUUACAUUCUUAAGUACCCAGUGGAGCAGCAGUCCAUGUUCUGUUUUGUGUGCGAGUAAGUUUGAGAGCAUGCGUGCACAUAUGUACACAUGACCUAUUGCUAAUCACAUUCCUUGGCUCAUUUAUUCCUAUUUAUCAAAAAUUAUUCAGAUUAGAGGUGUGAAAUCCAAAAACGUGCGUGGUUUGUCCCAGUUUGCCAUUGCUUUCAUUGGAUGACACACCACUGAUAUUGAUGCGAGGGUGUUGUGUGAUGUGAUGCAUGUGCCGCUGCUGAGUCUGUGCGUAAACACAUCACAUCUGUCCUUAUUUAGCUUCUAUUAGAAUUGGGUGCCCUUUGCUGCAGGCUGCAGUUCUUGAUUUUAUCUGCUUUAGUGUAUCAUGGCAAAGGAUAAAAGAGAGGGAGUGCACACACACACACACACACACAUGCAGGCAACAUCUUCUAUAUUUUUUAUGCACUCAUUGGAAAGACCCAAGGUGUUGACAUCAAAACAUUCUCCCUCAUUUAUAGGCUAUAUGAUAUAGAUGUAAAGUUUAUAUUACAUAUAAAAUCAUAUCUACUAAAGAUAAUACAAUCCCUUUAAACUUGUUUUUUUUUUAUCACUUUCCUCCCCUCACUUUUAUAUUCAGUCUUUUUUUCUGUGGUUGUCAUGGGAACACAUGGUUGUAGCAAAAUCAUGAAUGAAUUAUUCAGUGUGAUAGGGGAAGUAUUGCCUCAUGUCAGACACCUGGGGUGUUUGAUGAGAUCACCAAACAGAACAUAUGCAGACAUUUAACAGAUAAAUCAUAAUUCAUUUUGUACUGUGUUUCAGCUCUGACAUAUUUCUUCCUGCCAUUUUUAUUUUGAACUUCUCUGGGGAUGAACUAGGCUCUGAUGCUUUCAACACAGGCAGCAUUUUUGCCUUAUCCUGCUGCCUGAUAAGUGUCUUUUUUUAUGGUGCAAUUCAGUGUCAGUGUAGGUUUAUUUUGUUCAUCCAUGCUGGUCACUGAUCAGCUGCUUCCAAAAAAAAUGUAACAGCUGCCAUUAUUGAGUCAAAUGUAGAAGUGACUAGUGUAGACCACAUAUUUUCCAAGUGCCUUUUAUUUUAAGUCUGCCUGUGUUAAAGCACAAUCACACAGCAUGCUUAGCCAAAGUUCUGCUUCUCCUGCCUUAAAUUUCCAAAUGAUUAUAGUUAUUUCAAUAAAGAUAGAGUGACUUACAA